GCUCAAGAGAAGGGGGUGCGACUUCCCAUUCCGCGACCCUUUGCCUGUGCUGAUCUAUCGCUUGCCCAUCACUAGCAUGGCGUCCACCUCCUAUGGCCCUCGCGCUUCCCUGCCGCCUCUCCAGCCAAACCCAAUGGCUGAUGUAUCGCUCUUCAGACGCGGCAGACGGGUGCUGAUGAGCCUCGCGCUGCUCGCAUGGGCGGCGUUCAUCUUCGGCAGCCACUUCAUCGUGUGGGUCUUUCCUCUCGCCUUGAUCAUGAUUUUCUUCUGGGAUAAGCCCUUCCACAAACUGAUCAUCAAGGUUGGCACCACGUGGUCUCGCUCGCUGACGCACUUCGGCUUCCUGAGGAUAUACGCGACCAUCGACCCGGCAGUGUACGCGGCGGUGCGCAAGGCCAAGGUGAGGAUAGUGGUGUCGAACCAUCGGGCGGAGCUGGACCUGGUGAGCCUCCCGGCGCUUAUCGGCGUUCUGGACCCCGCUCGGUGCGGGGAGCAGUUCGCCAUAGCCAACAACGUUCUUGUCGAAAGGGUGAGCUGCUGCACACGACCAUUCAUCGACAGGCAGACGUCACGCCGAUCCCUCUUUUCCUGUGUGUGUAUGUGUGUGUGUGUGUGUGUGUGCUGACAUCAGGUGCCUGUAGUGGGUUGGUCGUUUCACUUUGGCGGCAUGCUGUCCAUCUUUUACAACCAGAAGGAGCGCAACGCACGGACACUAGACAAGGUCAGGACAGAGAGACAGACAGACAGACAGACAGACAAGCAGCACACAUGAGGCAACUCACACACCCCUCCCUCCUCUCUCUCUCUCUCUCUCUCUCUCUGUGUGUGUGUGUGUGUGUCAGGUGGUCGAUUUGCUGACCAACGGCCCUAAGUCGUGGUUUUUUUUCUUCCCAGAGGGCAACACCUGGUCGAGCAACAAAGCGAAGAGGGGCCAGCAGCUUUUCGAGGAGCAGAUAGCCAUCGACCAGACUGAAAGCAGCCCGGCGACCGCUGCCAGUGCCGACACGACGACCGACAGUGGCGAGGCGAGCGCACGUGACGGGGGUGGCGAUGGGGAUGGUGAGAAUGUGCCCAAUUUGCUGCCGUUGUAUUGGGGCUGCUAUGACCGGCUGCGCGGGAGCCUGCCUGUGUCAGAUGAUGUCUGCUGGUGGGCGAGAGGGUCAUGGAAGGGAUGGGAACCGCCACACAUGGCAUUCACUGCUGGUUCGGUUCCUUUCUCCCUCCGUCUGUGUGUCACUCAGGUUGGACGUGACGAGCGCCACGCCCGAUGUGCCGAACCGUCUGACCUACAACUGGCGGCCACCGUACACGCUGCUGGGCCAUCCAGCCUACCCUGACUACCUCAUCAUGAAUGUCAGGUGCGUCCGCGCGCUCACACAGACGGAUGCAUUUAUUCCCCUUAAUUAAUUGUGUCGGUUCAAUCGUACAGGUUGAUGAGUGCGUCUGAUGUGUCUAGCCACGAGUCUCUGCAGCGUGUGUGGGCGCGCAAGAGCCGGUAUCUCGAUCAGCUGGCCGCUGGUGUGUUCCACCAGCCCAACGAGGACAGCUAUGACCACAAGUGGAUCCGACUCAGAGCCAGGUGCGUCCCGUCCGCAAACCAAACCAGGACACGCCAUCCUCUGACUGAUCCAUUCAUUCACUGUGUGUGUCAACUCUGUCGUGUGUUGUGUGCAGUUUCUGGAGCUGGUGGACGGUGUGGGGUCUGUUGAUCCCGUCCCUCUUGCUGCUGUCGUUUGUGCUGUGGCCGGUGCAGACGCUGCUCUACUCGUGUGCCAUGAACGCCCUCCUGCUGACGUGUGCGUGGCAGUACAUCCCCUUCUACACGCCCCCGCAGCCAGAGGACGGCAUGGUGGGGUCGGCCAACUCGUCCCCCAAGCUCCUCAAGCACGUGUCGUCGGCCAUGUCCGACGCGUCCACCGGCGGCUGAAUGAAUCAUAGAGACAGCUGGAGGGACGUGUUUGUCGAUAUCCGUAAGUCAGUCAGUGUGUUAGCAAGCAAUGCUGGCCGGCUGGCUGUCGUGUGUCGGCUGGCCUUGCCCACCUUGAUGUGUGCGUGUGCGUACCUGCGUGCAGUUUUUGUUGUGUGUUUCCCUCCUCCUUCCAGUAACCGUUACCCCAAUUUUUCCCUGCCUGCUUGGUCGGUUGUCUUUUUCCUGUGGUCAGUCAGUCAGUCGCGUGUGUAUGAUCGAUGAAUGCAUGUAAUUGAGAUAUAUAGUGAUCAAGCGUGUUAGGUAGGACGUCCGGUCAGUUCGGUGUGUGUGUCUAGGAGUGAGUGAUGGGGCUAUUUCGGUGGAGUUGAGGGAGGUUGUUUGUAUUGUGUGCGUAGCCUCUAAUUGACCGAACUGACCCUGCGUGUUGUGGGUUGAUAUCAAUCUCGCACGAAAGUCGUG